AUGGUAGCCACUCUGCAGACCAUGCUUCAAGACAAUAACGCCUACAUACAGAGCUUCAAAACCACCAUGGAGACCUUGCCUCCAGAGUUGCUUGACUUUCAAACUGUUAUCAGGGCUAAUAGGCGUUCUGCAGGAGAACACCCGGGUAGAUACAAUGAACCCAUGGUUAACAAAGUUGCGGUGUUGAUGGUUGGAGAACCCAGUGACUGGCGAGACAUCGUUUUAAAUUCCAGGGAAGAUGGUUUGAAGCGGAUCUACGAGGGUCACCCUUCAUAUGAUGCCCUUCAGUACCCCCUCGUGUUCUGUAGAGGCGAGGAUGGAUAUCAUUUUAACUUAAACCACGUAAACCCGACCACUGCCCAGCCAACCAAUAAAAAGACCAGCUCCCGAGAGUUUUAUGCGUACCGGAUUAUAGUCAGAGAGGGCGACGCCAACCAUAUCCAUCAGUUCAAACAGCUUUUGAACCAAUUUCUGGUGGAUAUGUAUGCGAAGGUGGAGAGUGAAAGUCUGCUGUACUUCCAGACACAUCAAAAGGAACUGAGGGUGGAGAAUUAUGUACACCUUCAAGACGCUCUAAGAUGA